GAAGAAGUAAUCGAAUUUUCCUUUAAAUUUCUCAUUCUUCUUAUUUUUGUUCUUGUUCUUCGAAAUUGCGAGGGUCAUGCGGCUCAGAUCGAUGGCCGAGAACUUGCCUGGCUCGGUGAACAGGGUUGGCUCACCCGCUGGGUGGACCGACCUAACCCCGCUUAACCUGCUUAAUAAGCAGGUUGGGUUCAAGUUGAUCCGAUUCAGUUUGUAUUAAAAACAAAUUCAAUUUAAAAGGACGGAUCACAGGUCAUCUAUUGAAUUUCGACCCAUUUUGCCACCCUUAGAUUGGGUUCAAGUUGAUCCGAGUCAGUUUGCAUUAAAUUCAAAUUAGGACGGAUCACAGGUCAUCAUCCAAUUUCGACCCAUUUUGCCACCCUUAUAAAUCCUCUCCCUCUCUCUCAGCGCAGUGUAUCAAUGGCGAGUGGAGAUAUGCCAGAGGACCUGGUUGAAAACAUUCUCCGGAGGUUGCCUGUGAAAUCUCUGUUGCGAUUUCAGUGCGUCCGCAAAUAUUGGUGUACCCUGCUAAAAAACCCUAGCUUCAUUGCCGACCAUUUCUGCUUCAGUUCAAACCACAAUGACAACAAGAGAAACGUCUUGUGGAUCUCUAGAUGUUACUACAGUCGCGGCACCUGCUACUGCAUCUCCAUAAACCCGCCCCAUCUGUUGGUGCCAGUUGAGCUUCCACUCAAGGGUGGCGGAAUCAGUACCUGUAUAAUGGGUCAUUGGAAUGGCAUAAUUUGCGCACUUACCAGCAUAAGGAACUUUGGUGGGUAUCCUAAUCCUAUGGGCCGCAGAUACUUUCUGUGGAACCCUGCAACUAGGGAAUACAAGGUUCUCCCCCUACUGCAAUCCCCAAAUCACUAUUCACGCCGCUAUGGUCCAGGAUUUGGGUUUGAUUCAAAAACCAAUGAUUACAAGAUUGUAAAAUUUGUCACCUAUUACUCUGAGCCUUGUAAAGCUGAGGUAUACAACCUGAGAAGUGAUACUUGGAGGGAAAUCAAGGCUCCCCCUGUAUCUUUUGAAAAGUACAUUCCCAAAUACUAUGACAGAAACAUAGAUAGAGCAAUAUUUUGGGCCGAAAUCUCAGGCGGCCCUGUGAUUGUUGGUUUGACAUGGCCGACGAAACAUUUCGUUUCAUUCCAAUGCCGCGGGAUGUACUCUCCAUUUAUAGGCGACAUCAUGUGUACCACAUGGUUAUGUUGUUGAAGGAAUCCUUUGCCUUGCUUGUUUUUCAUAUGCUGGAAUCUCAUUCCCCAUAUCAUCUAUUUGAUGUAUGGGUCAUGAGUGAACUCAGUGUUGCUGAAUCAUGGGUCAAGCUUCAUAGCGUAGUUUUACCCGAACAUUCAUUGCCAUUAGGACUAUCAAAUAAUGGUGAGUUUCUCAUCGUCAAGGGUAGAAGUGGUGCUCUUGCAUGGUAUUACCCUAUCUUAUGAAUCUAGAAUUUCAAUCAUUAGAGAGCUUCUAUCCAGGGAAAAUUCAAUGCAUCGAGUCUUUUUUUUUACACCGAGAAUCUAGUCUCACUUAGGGGACAAAAUGUGCAUAAUAUGGUUGUAA